AUGCUUGCGCACGACGGCGACGGCGACUCGGCGCUCUCCGCGUCCCUAGACUCGCCCGUCGGGCCCGGGCCCUCCGCCGCCCCCGGCCCCGGCCCCUUCAACGGGCACAAGAUCGUCGCGAAGACCAACGGGUGCGCGCCCCCGCCGUUCACGAACGGGACCGCCAGGUCGAGCUCGUCGGGCGAGCUCGACGGAUUCGUGGCGGAGCGGUCGCGGCGGCCGGUCGCGCGGGUGUCGCUCCCGGGGAGCACGCUCUACGAGGACUCGCAUGUGGACCGGGAGGAGUUCGUCCGGCUCGUGAUACAGAGCUUGCGGGACGUCGGGUAUAUGGAAUCGGCGGCUACGCUCGAGGCAGAGUCGGGAUACAUCAUGGAGACCCCGGAGGUGGCGUACUUCCGACGGUGCAUCCUCGACGGUUCGUGGGAGGCCGCGGAGACCGCACUCGGGCGAUUGGGGGUGUCUGAAGGGGACGGGCUCUGGGAGGCCAAGUUUCUCCUUGCGAAGCAGAAGUAUCUGGAGCACCUGGAGGCGGGGAGGACCACUGCAGCGCUGCAUGUUCUCCGUAGUGAGUUGGCUCCUUUGAACCCCGAAGUCGACCACCUUCAUGCACUAUCAAGUCUAAUGAUGUGCUCGGAUCCUGCGGACCUUCGACAUCAACUAGGAUGGGACGGUGCUACUGGAACGUCAAGACGAAAGCUUCUCAUGGACUUGCAGAGAUAUAUACCGUCGUCCGUCAUGAUUCCACAGCGCCGAUUCGUCACUCUCCUCGACCAAGCACAAGCGUUUCAGCAGAGCCGGUGUCUUUACCACAACGCGCCACUCCGAUCAUCAUCAUAUUCACUAUACACCAACCACAUGUGCGAACGCAACUCGUUCCCUCGGGUCACGACCGCCGUUCUUCAGGUCCACCAGGACGAAGUAUGGAAUAUCGGGUGGAGCCACAGCGGGAAGUUCCUUGCGACAGCGAGUAAAGACAGGAGCGCUAUAAUCUGGCGAAUCGAGCUUGACAAGGACCCUCGAUCACGAGCAUACACGACCGAGUUUGUACUCGACGACCACCCAUACAACGUGAAUGUUGUAUCAUGGUCGUUAGACGACUCAAUACUGCUCACGGCGGCGGAGCACGUCAUCCGAUUAUACAAUGCACGAACCGGGGUGUGCAUGCGUGUACUCGAAGCGCAUGACGAUGUCGUGACUGCACUUUCAUGGUUGCCAGACGGAUCCGGUUUCAUCUCAGGAGGGCUCGAUCGCAAGAUCAUUCUCUGGGAUGCCGACGGGAAAUUGCGUAAUACCUGGGCUCGUGCCCCAAUACGAGUGACAGAUCUCAUGGUCACUCCCGACUUUACACGACUCGUCGCCGUCGGCAUGUACGAUUCGCCAUCACCCACGUCAGCAAACCCAGCCGACGCGGCAGCUUCUGCAGGAGGCGGUGCGACAGGCCCUGCGAAGAGCGGAGUUGAGACGAGGAUCAUCACCUACGACUUGGCGACGAAGCAACCCGAGACGUCAAUACAGCUCUACGGGGAGCUCACGAGCGUGAAGAUCUCCGCGGACUCGCAGUUCGCGCUCAUCAACAACGCGUCGGAGAACGGGCCCUCGGCGGAGAUCCAUCUGCUCGAUCUGAACACACAACAGGUCGUACGCAAGUACUCGGGACACAAUCACUCGAAGCACGUCAUUCGGAGUUGCUUUGGGGGCUUCGAGGGCAACUUUGUUGUCAGUGGGAGUGAAGACGGGAACGUGUACAUCUGGCACCGCGACUCUGGCACACUCCUCGAGGCGCUUACUGGGCAUGGCGAGGGCUCUGUCAACUCCGUCGCAUGGAACCCAGUCAACGAGUGCAUGUUUGCGUCCUGCUCGGACGACAAGACGGUGCGCAUCUGGGAAACCCCUCCCAUGGACUACACGCUACGCAAAGACGAGCGCGAACUGGACAUCGACCACGAGAUGGAGAACGGGAACGGGAGCGGGAAUGGGAACGAGAACGGCGUCGCGGGGAGCAGCAAGGGCAAAGGAAAGGGCAAGGGCCGCUGGGACGCAAGCCCGGCGUCCGCAUCGUCGAGCAGCUCAAGCUUGGCGGGCACGGGGCCGUCGACCUCGUCGGCUGCGGCGGGCGCGGCGGCGGCCGCAGGAGCGAUAGACGGUGGGAGUGGGUAUGGACUCGGGUCGACAACGGCUUUGUUCUAG